AUGCUUACUAAUCACUCAGAUCAUCAUCAUAAUAACAACGAACAUUAUUUUAAAGAAAACCAAUAUACUACUGCUACUACUACUACUACUACUACUACUACUACUUAUAAUCAUAAUAAUUUCGACGGAAAAAUUGCAAAUGAUGAUCAUUUAGAAGUGAAUAUUUUACAAAAUUAUUCAAAAUACUACUGUCAUACUAAUAAACAGCAACAACAGCAACAAUCCCAAUUUAUACCAUCUCCUUUCAUGUUAUUCAGUUGGUCAAAAUUAAUGACAACUGACGUGUUUCGUGAAACUUUACAGAAUAUAAUAAUUUUAUCGAAUUGCAACAAUAUAGCGGCUAGUUUGCCAGCGACUGAUAGUCCAUUUAUUGAUAAUAGUGACCAUCAUCUAAACUCAGAUAUUAUCGAUCUGACUCAUAGACGAACUUUCAUGGUGGGAAAAUAUUUGAAUAAAUUGAAUACAAUACUGUUUGACUAUUUAACAUCGACCAAAGAUCAAGUCUCAUCAUCUACGUCAACAAGUAUCACGAAGUCUGAAUUGGAUAAUCAUGAUAUGUCAAAGUAUCUGCAACAGCAUGAAUGCUUAAAUCAAUUGAUACAUUUGCAUCAUUUAUAUGCAAACACUUUUAUAAAAAAUAUCAACUGUGAAAGUAAUUAUUUAUUUAGCCACACUGAUAAUCGAUCCCUUGAAGAAACAAUGGUGCAAUUUGAUAAAAAUCAACCAAUUUAUUCAAAUAAUAUUAAGCACCGUUUAAAUGAAUCCAUGUCGACAUUCAAUCCAUCAGAAGAGAUGAAUCCUUCCAUUUAUAAUCCUAUAUGGUCAACUAUAUCAACCGAAAAUCAUCCUAUUGAAAGAAAUCCAAGUCCAAUUGACAAGCAAACAUUUGUGCCAGUAUCGUCGUCUGCAUCAAUUGAACAACAACGUAGAUACAUUCAAUCUUCAAUAAUUUCAUUGAAUAAAACAAAAACCAAUGAAAUUAUUCCACAAACAACAAUCAAUUUGAAUGAUGAAUUCAUUUUCAGUCAAACAAUUUCAUGUUCAUUAUGUAAAAAAUGUUUUCGAUUUGAAAAAAAUCUUUUAAGACAUUUACAAAAAACACAUGCAACUAUUAUAGGGGAUACAUUGUUAAAAUGUAAAUUAUGUAAUUAUACAACAAAACAUUAUAGUAAUAUGUAUGUACAUAUACGUACACAUACAGGUGAUAAACCUUAUUCAUGUUCCGCUUGUGGUGUAUCAUUCACUCAGGGAUCAUCAUUAAAAUUACACAUUCGAUCACGUCAUAAUGAUAAUACUAGUUAUUUUUCAUUGAUACGUAAACCAGGUAAAAAUAAUUUAACAAAAUUAUGGACAAGAGUUUUAAAAAAAGAUUUAUCAAAAUUCAAUACAAUCAAAUCGAUGAAUUCGUCGGCUUGUUAUUAUUCUCAUUAUUAUUAUUAUUAUUAUCAUAAUUAUUGGAAUAAAUGGAAACAUUCAUUCAAUAUGGAGGCAAAUAAUCCAUUUAAAAAUGAACAACACCAAAAUGAAUUGAACAUUGACACAUUGAAUUCCAAUUGUCAUUCGGUUUGUUCAAUAUCCAACGGCAUUCAAAAUUCACCGUAUACAAAUGAUAAAAUCACUAAAGAAUGGAUUAAAUCAGAUGAUUAUCAAUCAGUAAAUUCAAAUUCAACGGUCAAUAUCAUUAAAACUAAGACAAAAACACAUUCACGACAUAAUAAAUUAAAUAAUGAACGUUUAAAAUUCAAACAUUCACGAAAUCAACACCUUAGUAAAACAAAAUCUAAUGAACAAUUAAUUAAACAGGAGAAAUAUGAAUUUAAACAAUUUGAAAAUUAUUCAACAAGGACAAUUGAUGAAGCCAAUAAUAAUAAUAAUAAUUCAAUUAAAUUAGAAGAACCAGAAAUCGAAUCAUCUAGAAAUGAUCGAUUUUCUACAACUUUAAAUAAUUCUCCUGAACAACCACCAAUCGAUAAUUGUACAUUGACGACUGAUCAAAUGAAUUCGAUUCAAACAAAAUCAAUGUUCACUAAAAAUAAUCCAUAUUUUCAUGAUAUUCCAGCUAUGACAUGUGAAAAAAAUCCGCUCAAUUCAAAUGAUACUCAUGAAUUGGAUCACAAUGUGUGUUCAGAACAAAAUUUACCAUUCUCGAUUGCUGCAUUACAACCACAAUACUUGGAAAUUUGUGACAUCUGA